CCGACAGGGACCUUUUGAAGACGCCCAAUCAUCCUGAUGCGUUGGGUGCCAUGUCGGCCCGCAAACUGUUUCCACGCGGGUCCUCUGGCGGCGAGCUUUGUCCAGGGACCCGGGUGAUUGUCCAUGGCAUCAGGUCUGUGAAGGAGAUGAACGGCAAAGAAGGCACGUGCAUAGAUUGGGUACCAGAGGAGGGCCGAGUACACGUGCAGCUGGAUGCCGGCGUGAAGGCCUUGCGCCCAAAGAAUCUCAAGGUGGUUCGCCCCAAGCAGCCUACCAACGAGAUGCUGGACCGCGUGCUCGAGGUCUUCGGGAGUGCAGACAGCAACGGUGACGGUGUCCUAGACAUCAACGAGUUCGCGCGAUGCCUUGCCGGGAUUGGUUUGGGGAAGGAGUAUGUCAUGGCGUUCCAACUGGCAAUGGACAAGGAUCACGACUUCGAGAUCGACUAUGCCGAGUUCACCCAGUGGGCACUAGGUGCAGACAUGCCCGGGCGCCGAACCCGCUUGGACCUCUACUGGCCAAAGAAGCGAGAGCUACCCAUAGAGCCGGUCGACGAGGAUGACACAGUUCCAGAUUAUGAUGAGGAACUCACCGAGCGGGACAUCGUGAAGCUCAUGCAUCGACCGCUGCCGGAUGAUUGGCCCACGCACGGGAUAAACAUCGUCAACAAUGCGCGGGCCCGAUUUCCAUACUAUCCUAUAGAAGGAAUUGUAUGGUCAAUGAAGAGAAAUGGCUACAUUGGUGGUAUAGUCUUGGCAGAUAUUCGCUCAACCGGCGCGAAGGAGGUGCAUCCUUGCCGGACGACACCCCUGCGAGCAUGCUCGGAGCCCUUCCCUGCUGUCUACCGCAACAUCUCACCGGAGGGCGAGAUGCUGGUCUACGAAGAGACCCGGGAGAGUGGAUUCGGAGCAAUGCGCGACGGCAAGGUGCCCCCGAUUGGUGUCAUUCCAUCCGGCGAUCUUUUCACCGUGUACGAAGCGCGGCAGGGUGCAGAGUAUGGGUUUUGCUUCGGGCGAAUCAAGUUCCAGGGGCAGGAAAGUCCACCGACCUGGGUGGUGCUCGGCCUCCUAGUGGAGAAAGGACGGCGAUGGAUGAAGCCAGAUGAAGAACGCUUUCCGAAAGACCUGACGUUCUCUGAUGCCGAGAGGAUGCAUGGGAUGCAAUGACUUUGGGUACUCCAGCUUUGCACCAGCGCGCGGCGCAUUGCCAAAGCGCCAUCCAUGGCAUUUGGUGGCGUGACGGUUUGUAUGCGGUAGGCCUUCUCUGAAACAAGUAAGGCAGACCCUGUAACAGCGGUUUCACUUGGACAAGUUUCACACUUCGGUGGAUAGUAGGCGCGACCUCAAGCGUCAGUGCUCGCUAGAUGACUGGGGUCCGAUGUUCGCCAUUGAGAGGCGUUCCUCACCUCACACUCUGCCAAGCAGCAGUGCCAAGCCUCAGCCAAGCUGAAAACGACUCCUAUCCCUCGCCGAAAGCGAUGCAAAAAUGCCUGCAAGAGAGCCAGGCGAAGCCGUGC